AUGUCUAUUCAUUAUUUAUCUCUCUAUCUCAAUCUUUUCCAAAUAAUAUAUAUCUAUCUCCGCCUAUUCAUUAUCUAUCUAAAUAUUUUACAACCUCCCUAUCGAUCUAUCUCCUCAUUUUCCAAUCUAUCUGACACAUUCUUCUCAUAUCUAUCACUCUCUUCUGUACAUACCGGUGUGUCCAUGUGUGUCUCUUUCGUCAUAUGUGUUUCCCUUAGGCCAUUUCCUGUUUUUAUUCUAUUCUCUCCCCCGCCGUUUUUUAAAACAAUUCCCCUUGUUUUGGUAUCCCUCUUUUCUCCUUCUCUCUCCACAUCACCUUUCUAUCUCUUUCUCCUUCUCUCUUCAUGUCUCCUCCUUUCUCUUUCUCUUUCCAAAUCUCUCUCCAUUCUCUUUCUCUAUCCACGCCUCCCUCUAUUCUCUUUCUCUUACCACGACUCUCCCUUUCUUUUUCUCUUUCUCUCCCCACUUCUCCCCUUACUCUUUCUCUCACUACAUCUCCCACUUUCUCUUUCUCUCACCACGUCUCCCACUUUCUCUUUCUCUAUCCACGUCUCCGCCUUUCUCUUUCUGUCUCCACGUCUCAUUUUCACUGAGAUUUCCGUUGUCUUUCUUUCUCACUUUUUAUUGUCGUCUUUCAUUCCUCAUUAA